UGCAGAGCCUGGAGGCCCUAGUGGGAAAGGUCAGCAAAGCCUGUUAGGCUUGAGUCAAUAAAGGGAGGGGCCACAGGAAUACCAUCUCUCCUGGAGCAGGGAGAGCAGGGAGAGCAGGCUCAGCAUGAUCCAGGAUUCAGUUUCUUCCCUGCUGGGCCCAAGACAAACACCUGGCUUGGCCUGUAUAAGUCAGGAUGGCAUGUGAACAUGGGUUUCCAGCCAGAGGGGCUCAUGGGGUGGGGUUUAGACUUCAUAGUCAUGUAAAAUGAAGAGAAAUGGCACCAUUCUUCAUACACAUAAUCCCAGUGUGGUACCUUUACAGCCUCCUGGCAAGAACCUUGCCUUUUCAGCACAGGCUUAAAAAGAGUUAUUGCUUAUGCUGUUCCACUGCAGGGGGUUGAAUUCUUCAGUUGUUUGUGUACCAUGUCUCACUCCAGAAAAUGAUGUUUUUUUUUUCAAAUUCCCAUAGCAUAAAAAAAGACUUAAAAGGAGAGAAGAAGGAACUAGAAUACUGGAAGCUUCCCCAUUCAUCUGAAUAAUUCUCAGCAGUUUUCAAGUUGGGAUAAUAUUGUGGAAAGUUCUAAGGGAAAAUGCUGAGCUUCCUGGGUUCUCAGCUCGAGGGCAACUGGAACUCAGGAGCUGGUUGCCUCUGACCACGAGCCCCUUUGCAGGGAGACCACAGAUCUCUUUGCAGGUGCAGCAAAAACCCUGGUGGUUUUCUGUGUGCCAUGACAUGAGAAAGGUUGGCAUGUCCGUCCAAACCCGGCAAACUUACCUGUGUAUUCUCUUCCUCCUAGCUGUACCCCAGAUGACGCUGCUGUUUACCAAAUCUCCGCUAAAAACUGUUCCGGAAUGAUUUGCUGCUCUGCGUCUGUUGAAGUCCUGUGCUCAGCAGAGAACCCAGAGCUCUCUCCCAGCCCGAAAGAUGGCGGGGGCACGGGCUGGAAACAUGCAACAGAGGCAUGUGCACAGGAGAAAACAAAUCAGCUCGAUGAGAAAGAACAUCCUUGCAAGGGGGAAGAAAGUAUCUCCGCAGGUACUCCCAUGUCAGCUGAUGCCCUCUCCUCCAAACUCAGCUGUCUAUGCUCACCCCAGUUUUUGGUCAAUAGGGGCACUAGGGCCUCCAGUCCUGAAAAUCCCUUGGAUGUUAAAGGAACGAGGCCAACGGAAGAGGCUCAUGAUCCGGAUGAUGCAGAGGAGGUUGCAGAUGGGUUGCUUUUCUCUAAUUCAAGUUAUAUUCCCGCUAAACAAAACAUCUCUUGCCACAGGACCGUGCAUUCCAAAGUAUCGAGGCUAACGGAUGGUGCCUUAAACAGUGACGGCCCUCAUGAGGAAGUCUCAGACUCUGGGCAAGCGGAGCCCAAAGUGCAGAAAUACAUCAGCUUCAGCCGGCCCCUGUCGGAGGCGACCGCAUCUGUCUGCCCAGGGGACAGGGCCUCGAUCAAGCAGCAAGUCAGCCCACAGGUGUCCAGCGAAGACUCUGACAGUGGCUAUGAACUUUGCCCAGAGAUAACCCUAACCUGCACCGAGGAGUUUUCAGAUGAUGACCUAGAGUAUCUGGAAUGUUCCGACGUUAUGACAGAUUACUCUAAUGCAGUUUGGCAAAGGAACCUGCAGGGGACUGAGCAUGUUUUUUUAUUAGAAAGCGAUGACGAAGAGAUGGAAUUCAGUGCGUGUUGCCUGGGUGGGUGUGAGCAUCUCCUCAGUGAAAUGGGUUGUGGGCCUUGGGUGUCGGAUGACACCAGGCCUAUGGUUGUCACCACUGGCUUCUGUGGUUAUCACUCACAACCCCAAGCAGUGGGGGUGAGGAGCAGCCAAGCCUCCACCCACAGUCCCUCAUCCCUGCAAACGGGGAUGAUUCUGACUUUGGGACCUCACCGGGACACAACGUCUACCGUGACAGACCAGGGGAGAUAUAAACCACCCACUGCUUCUGAGGCCGCUGAAAAUGGUUAUCCAGGAAUUCGAAGAGAAACCAGAGACAGCCACCAGGGAGGAGAGGAAUUCACCAGUGACAAUCUGCUAAACAUGGAUAAAGCAGUGAUAGAGACAGCGAUGAAGCGCUUGUCUGGUGAGUUAGAAAAGUCAGGGGCGAACCAGUGGUUGGAGAUCGCAGCCGAGGAAAAAGUAAGGGAUGAGGGUUCAUUGACCAAGAGGGGCUCAGAGAAACCUGCCAGGGUGAGGCGGCCCGGCAUGAGAGGAAAACCCAAAAAGCUGAGCUCCAACCGGAAAGAAAGUGCAACAGAAGGCACCCUUAAUCUCCUCUAUCCCAAAGAACCUGUUAAGCACCCACUAACCCAGAGUGAUAAAAGAGACAGUUCUCAUGCCGGAGUGCAAGCUGCCGAGUGGAAUUCCCAGUUCCCUGAAGGAGAAUGUGCUGCUGCAGCCAAAACCAAGCAAGAAGCAAAACCCCUGCAAACUGCCCCGGGCUCACUCCCCCGAGGAGGGAACUCAGGCUUCUCGGGAGAAGGGGUGCCGGUCCAGAACCUAUUUGAAACGAGCAGAGCUCCAGACUGCAGGGCUCAUCCUCAGAUCACAAAGUAUGAAAGAGGCUAAGGAAACACUGCCAGGAAAUAAAUUUGUUUCACCCUA